UGUCACGUGACCAACGAACGAGCUGUUCUUUGAAAAUGUGCAUUUAGAAAUGUCCUGCGCUUAUGACUGCUCAUCAGUCCUCCGAAACAUGGCUGAUAUGAAGAAAGUUUAUGUAUUUAGUAACGUAGCGCCUUUCAGCGAGCUGGAAAAGCUUUUCUGAAGCAUGCACACGCAACGGUGGAUUGCAGCAGCUUUAAUAGUGGAAGCAGAUGUUUGGAUCUGGUUGCAGUGCUGUCUUGUCAUAGCUCUGCUGGUACACCUUCAUCUGGAAGUAUGCGGUCCUGGCUGUUUAUGGAGCAUAACUUUGGUCAAGUAAUAUCCUGUGUCUCCUGUUGUUUCGUGACAUCCAGGAUGACUGUGAAUCUACUAUGGCUGUGAGAAAAUCCAAAUACUUUAGGAGGAAUAUGAGACUUCAACAGAAUUUCUUAGGAAGAAUAACACUGAAACCUGUAACACCAUGAGAAGGGUCUAUAUAAAGGGAGAUGUGCUUUGCUCCCUGAUUCUGCUGGUGCUUCUCUUUCUGCUGUUAUAUGCACAUCAAAGAAUAACGCCCGUAUGGGGGACUUUGCACAUUGAACAGGGGUCCACCAGGUCGAGACCCCUUCUCAGUGGAGCAUCAAUGGGACAGCAAACAAAGCCGGUCUCUUCAAAAUAUCCAGACAUACCUCCUUGCAAACCUGAGGUUCAGAUCAAGCCUAAAGCACAAGAACCAUCAAAGGUCAAGUCUCAAAAAGCACGUAGCAAAGCAAAGUCUAAAUUUCGCCAGCCCCCAACGACAGCAAGUCUGCAACCAACACAUGCUUCCUUUGACUUUGACGAUUACCUUCGAAAGAAAGACCAACGGGACUUCAAGCUGCUAAUUGAUCAACCAACAAAGUGUUCUGGACCAGAAGGAGCCCCUCACAUUCUGAUCGCCAUAAAAUCAGUAGCAACGGACUUUGACAAACGUCAGGUCGUUCGACGCACAUGGGGACAAGAAGGUGUGUCCCAGAAAAACAUGAACGUCAAGAGAGUUUUUCUUCUUAGUGUGCCCCAAAAUCAAACAGCGCUCCCAUUAUGGGACAAACUGUUGGGAUAUGAGAGUCAGACUUUUAGCGAUAUCCUCCUGUGGGACUUUGAAGACACCUUCUUCAACUUGACACUAAAAGAAAUCCACUUCCUACAAUGGAUCAAUGUGAGCUGUCCCAAAGUGAAGUUUAUUUUUAAGGGUGAUGCUGAUGUUUAUGUGAACAUUGACAAUAUCUUGGAGAUGCUUGAGGGUCAAGAGAUCAGUAAGGAUCUUUUUGUUGGCGACAUCAUCGUCAAUGCGAAACCAAUUCGCAGACGCAACAGUAAGUACUUUGUCCCAGAGUUUAUUUACGGCCAGGGGAUCUACCCGUCUUAUGCGGGUGGAGGUGGCUUUGUCAUGUCAGGACAUACCGCACUGAAGCUCCACCUCGCCUGCCAAGAGGUGGAACUCUUCCCCAUUGAUGAUGUCUUCUUAGGCAUGUGUCUACUGAGGAUCGGCCUUCAGCCGACUCGUCACGAGGGCUUCCGCACCUUUGGAAUUGUAAGACCAUCUGCUGCACCCCACCUCCAGGUCUUCGACCCCUGCUUCUACAGAGAGCUGAUGGUGGUGCACAGCUUGACGGUCCCACAGAUCUGGCUCAUGUGGAACCUUCUUCAUGACCCUAACCUUCAGUGUCAUAGCAGUCAGGAUCCCACGGUUUUUCCCUUUCAGUGGAGCGACAAGAUUGGGAAGACAGCUAAGAACAAGGCAAAGGAGAAGCUUAGGAACAACGACUAUGGGUUGAAAGUGUUUGUGGAACAUUAACUCCAAGAUAAUGAAUGUACUUUGAAAAUAAAACAUCAAACCAUGGCUAUGAGAAAAUUCCUUCCCUCAUUUUGGUUUAGUUAAAUCAUGGCCAUGUUUAAACUAAAAUGAGGUUAGUA